UUAAUGACUAGUAGGAAAUCUCACAUCGAGUGCUGCUAGUAUCGCAAAUAAAAAUUGUUUUUCGAAGUAUCUUCAAUUUAUUGAUACAUUAUGGACAACGUGUUGUGCACACGUGUUUGUGAAAAAAAUUAACGUUGAUUUUACUUACAAGAGUUAAUCGAGGGUUUUUAACACAAUGUCUUUGUACAAAGCAAGGAAAAGUACUUUGCGACAAUCGUUCGCCAGCAAAUUGUUGGCAAGAAAGACUUUGCUGUUGCUGAGGCCCGAGAGAUUGAGAGGUCGUUAUUUGUUUCGAUCGGCGGUACGACGCGUUAUGGAAUAUAUGGAAUGGAUCAUGGGAGAUCCGGAGAUCGAGGAAAUUAGUGACGACGUGACAGUUAGAAUCAGAGAGGCUACCCGAAAGGAGUAUAAAUUAGAGACAAAACUUAAGUUACAGGAUCGAUCGGUACUGUUAGUGAGACCGUCUCUGAGAUCCAGAGUAGACAGGAUGUACAUAUACGAUCUCAUAAGACAAUUGCGCGCUUACACAAAAUAUCCGGAGAAUUUGAGAGAAGAUUUGGCAACGGUAUGCAUGUAUCAAUAUUUACCGGCUGGUCGGACAAUAGUUCGUCAGGGUUACAAAGCGGUAAAUCUCUAUUACAUUAUAAAUGGCGAAGUUAGUUUGUCAAGAGUCGAGAUUGACGAAUUAACAGGCGAUGAGAAAAUUGUAGAUAUGGGAAUACUGCAGUCGGGAGACAUGUUUGGUGAAGUUGCAUUGUUUCACGAGAUACCGAGAACAGCAACGGUAGUUAGUAAAACGUCGGUCGAUUUGCUUUUAAUUGAUCAGGACGAUUUCAACAGUAUUCUGCGUAGUACUUUGACAAAAGAAUGGGAUGUUCUUCGCGACGCGUUGGUUCAUUUCGAUUAUUUUAGAACGUGGGACGCGGAAACCGUGCGAGAAUGUUGCAUUCUGAGCAAGUUGAAGGAAUUUAAACCUAACGAGAUUCUGUUGGGCGACGGACAAGGCAUGGUGAAUUAUGUGCAUUUUAUUCUACAUGGCGAGUGCCGUCUUAUCGAGCACCUGCUUGUUCGCGAGCGUUCUUCUUAUCACGGAGCGCAAUUUGAAUUGUACAAUGCUGAUAGUCCCGGUCCGCAAGAACUCAGAACAGUAUCGAAAAAACCUGCGAGUUCUGACAAGUUGAAAUUAACCGAAGCAAAAUUAUAUAACACAUUCAAUGAAACAUCGAAUGAGAUAAACAUCGAGUCUGAUCGACUAAGUAUCGUUACCACUACACUUCUGGAUGUUGUUCAAGCUUGGCAUGAAAUUACGGAUGUUGCGGCAAUAUUAAUGCGAGAACCAUCUGUUACAUCUCAAUUGUGUUAUCCGAGCGACGUACGCACUAUUUUCAUGCAAAUCUGCAUUUUUUCUCGAGGUGCGUGUUUGGGCUUAGGAGAAAAUAUGCUCAAUCGAAGAAUCGUGGCGAUUACGCCAGUACGAUGUUUUCUCAUUCCGCGAUAUUGGCUGCUCAAACACAAUCGCGCUAAUAUCUGGGGACGCGUAAAACUGUUCAUGGAUUCGAAAUAUCCGACUAAGGAACAGCUGUUUGAGAAAUUUCUUCUAAAUCGAAAAUGGGCAACGUACAAACAGAAUUUAGUUAAAGAUGUCAUUAAACGACGCGGUUGUUUUCGUAGCAACACCACAAUACACGAUGUACCGUAUUCCAUUAGAAUCACAGAUGAGAUAGAUCCGAAAAUUUAAUUAAUCCUCGUACACAACAUAUUUUUUUAUCGGGAGAGUCAAAUUAUUCGUAAAGUUAGCUAUAAGCAUUACGAAGCUAAUUAGCGUGCUAAAAAAAGUAAGGGAAUUUCUUGACCACAAUAUCCUGAGGAAAGAAGACGAUAACUAGUCUCUCUCUCUCUCUCGUUUCUUUGAUCUUCUAUGUAUAAGAGAACAGUUUUUUUUAAAUACAUACUGAGAAGUCUUUUUCCUCUCACAAUAAUGUACUAAUAAAUUAUUAAUAAAAACACGCUAACAAAUGUCUAAUUAA